UCUCCUCUCGGCUGUGCACUCUCUCACCAUCGUUUCCUUCCCUGCCUCUCCUCCCUCCAUCUCUUUCUCGCCCCUUCGCUUUGCCUCAUUGGUGCUGCCCUCAUUCCUUUUUUUCCAUUAAUCUCCAGGCCCAUUGGUCGUCUGCCUUCAACCAUUUAUCUCCUCUCCUCCUUCCCUCUCCCUUGCUCGGUCUCUUCCCUCUCCUCUCUCUCUCCCUUGUUCCCUCGUCUCCAGCCGACUCUCAAGUCAUAAAAAUGAUUUGCAUACAGGAGGAGAGGAGAAGUUUGUAGGGAGCACUGUGAGUGUAUGAGGGGAAAAGAACGAGUGAGAGAAAAAGAGAAGUAGAGAGAGAGAAAGAAAGAGAGCAAAAAAGAAAGGAGGACAGACUUACUGGAGCAUAAAAAAGUUUGAGAGAAGACUGCAUUUUGAGACUGAAAAUGAACUUGAAAGAGUGGUGAUCCCUUUCUCUCCAGUCAAACGUCUACUGUUGUGGGCAACGGAGGAAGCAGAGAUCUGGACCAAAGAACAAUCUCACCCCAAACCAUUUCAGAUGGAGGUGAAUGCAGACGAGAAGCGCCAUCGCACACGCUCAAAAGUGCCUGUGGAACCAGCGAUACCAGAGCUGUUCAGCUGUCCUACACAAGGCUGUGAUGGAAGUGGACAUGUCAGCGGCAAAUAUGCAAGACAUCGAAGUGUGUACGGCUGCCCCCUGGCCAAGAAGAGGAAAACACUGGACAGACAGCCUCAGGAAGCCCUGGAGGUGCUGGAGCCCUUACUGGAACAGCUGGAGACAGACCCCAAGAGUGGACCCCUCAUAACCCACAUGGACAACUCCACUAGGGAGGAGAGCUACGAGACAGACGGAACAGUGGAGAUGGAUGACAGAGAGGAGGAGGUGGAGGAGGGAGUAGAGGAUGGGGGAGAUGAGGAAGAGGAGGUAGAGGAGGAGGAAGAGGAGGGAUACUUGGAGGACACUGAGGAACAGAUGGAGCAGGAAGAAGGAGAGGUGGAGAGAGGGGAGGGAGAGGCGGAGGAGGUAGAGGUGGAACAAGAGGAAGAGGAGGGCGGAGUACAAGAGGAGGAAGAAGAGGAGGAGGAGUAUGAGGAGGAGUAUGAGGAGCAGAGUCAUGGCCAAGAGCACGAUCAGAUGAAUGGCGGCGAUGGCGGUGGCGGUGGCGGCCAUCCUAAAUCCGGUCUGACGGGGGAGAAGGACGACAACAACAACGAUGAGUAUGAGAACUAUGACGAGCUGGUGGCCAAGUCUCUGCUCAACCUAGGGAAGAUAGCAGAGGACGCCGCCUACCGCGCCAUGACCGAGUCUGAGAUGAACAGCAACUCCUCCAACAGUGCCGAGGAAGAAGAGGAAGAAGAGGAGGAGGAGGAGGAAGAAGAGGAGGAGGAAGAAGAAGAGGAUGAGGAGGGUGGGGAGGGCAUUCAGAGGAAGGGUGAGUUGACCCUGGAUGUCGACAGUGAUGUAGUGAGGGAAACGGUGGACUCUCUGAAGCUGCUGGCCCAGGGACACGGGGCUAUGCUCUCUGACAACAUGGAGGGAGGAGACUAUGAGGACGGGAUUGGGGAGAACGGGGAAGCGAACCGUAAUGGAGGGACUGGAGGUGGUAACAGUCAGGGUAAAGCCUCUAAUGGACUGCAGGAGAGUGAUGAGGAGGUGUGUCUAAGCAGCCUAGAGUGUCUGAGGAACCAGUGCUUUGACCUGGCCCGCAAACUGAGCGAGACGCAGCCGACUGACCGCUCGGGCACAGGGCUCCCGCAGCAGAACCACCCUGGCGGAGGGGACACCCAGGGACUGCAUCCCCACCCGUACCAGCCUGGGUACGGGGACCUCCAGCAGAGCCAGGAGGAAAGGCGCACCCUGGAGAGGAACUACUCCGACAUGGUCAACCUGAUGAAGCUGGAGGAGCAGCUGAGCCCGCGCUCCAAGGCCUUUUCCAGCUGCGCUCAGGAUGACCGCUACCACAACCACAUCCACGACCGGGACGAGGACACGCGGUCGGUGACGUCGGACCGUUCAGAGGAGGUGUUCGACAUGACCAAGGGGAACCUGUCUCUGCUGGAGAAGGCCAUCGCGCUUGAGUCUGAGAGGGCCAAGGCCAUGAGAGACAAGAUGGCUGCCGAGGCGGCUCGGAGGGACGGGGUGAGGUAUCAUCAUCACCAUGGAGACCAUCAUGGGGAGCACCAAUCGCGGCAUGGCUACGGAGAGGAGCGCAAGGCCCGCCUCCAUGAUGGGAUGAAGAAGCCCUACUACCAUAAAAAUUCAUCGCGUGGAGACAAGAAAGAGAGCCGGUGCCCGACACCGGGCUGUGAUGGCACAGGUCACGUGACGGGGUUGUACCCUCACCAUCGGAGCCUGUCUGGCUGUCCACACAAAGACAGGGUUCCACCUGAAAUCCUUGCUAUGUAUGAGAAUGUUCUUAAGUGUCCUACACUGGGCUGCACGGGACGCGGCCAUGUCAAUAGCAACAGAAACUCCCACAGAAGCCUGUCGGGGUGUCCAAUCGCUGCAGCAGAGAAGCUGGCUAAAGCCCAGGAGAAGAGCAUCGGGUGCGAUGGCUCCUCCAAGUCUAACCAGGGCUCUGACCGAGUGCUCAGGCCUAUGUGCUUUGUGAAACAGCUGGAGAUCCCUCAGUACGGCUACAAGAACAACGUGUCCACCAGCACGCCACGCUCCAACCUGGCCAAGGAGCUGGAGAAGUACUCCAAGACCAGCUUUGACUACAGCAGCUUCACAGACAGCAGCCAUGGCAACAAUGUCUACGGCAAACGGGCCAUCGCACCCAAGCUCCAAGGCAGGGACACUUCUCCUAAAGGAUAUGAUGUCAAGCGCUACUGUAAGAACUCCAGCUCGGCGAGCAGCCCGAACAGCACCUACGCCCCCAGCAGCAGCAGUAGCAGCCUGAGCUGUGGAGGAGGGGGCGGAGGGGGGGGCAGCAGCGCCAGCUCCACCUGCAGUAAGAGCAGCUUCGACUACACCCACGACAUGGAGGCUGCCCACAUGGCUGCCAGGGCCAUCCUCAACCUGUCCACGCGCUGCAGAGAGAUGCCCCACGGCCUGGGAGGAAAACCCCAGGACCUCUGCUCUCGGAACCCAGACCUAGAGGUAGAUGAGAAUGGGACAUUAGACUUGAGUAUGAAGCAGCGUCUGGGGGGUGGCGUAAGUGCGGUGCUCACCCCCCUGGAGCCCAUGUCUCCCCAGCGCCAGGCUCUGAUGCGUUACGGCAUGGGGGAUGACUGCUGGGACCUGCCGGUCGACUACGCCAAGAUCAAAUGCAUCGACGAGGACAGCAAAGAGCCUGAUGACCUGGACCCGUUCCGGGAUCUGCUGGGGGAGCGAGGUUACUCUGGUGACGUCACCAUGCACAGCCCCAAGCCCAAGUACGCCCAGUGCAAGGAGAGCAAGAAGGACCUGAUAACUCUCUCUGGCUGUCCUUUAGCUGACAAAAGCAUUCGAAGUAUGAUGGCCACCAACUCACAAGAGCUCAAGUGCCCGACACCGGGGUGCGAUGGUUCUGGGCAUAAUACUGGCAACUACGCAUCACACAGAAGUCUAUCAGGGUGUCCUCGGGCCAGGAAGAGUGGGAUCAAGAUCACACACAGUAAAGAGGACAAGGAGGACCAGGAGCCCAUCAGGUGUCCGGUCCCGGGCUGUGAUGGUCAGGGUCACGUGACGGGGAAGUACGCGUCUCACCGCAGUGCGUCGGGCUGCCCCCUAGCUGCCAAGCGGCAGAAGGACGGCUACAUGAACGGCUCCCAGUUCACAUGGAAGGCUGGGAAGACAGACGGAAUGUCCUGUCCCACCCCAGGCUGUGACGGCUCAGGCCACGUCAGUGGGAGCUUCCUCACGCACCGGAGUUUGUCAGGCUGUCCGCGUGCAACGUCUGCCAUGAAAAAAGCCAGACUGUCUGGACUGUCUGAAAUGCUAACGAUAAAACAGCGCACCAGCAAUGGAAUCGAGAAUGAGGAAGAGAUUAAACAGCUGGAUGAAGAAAUCAAAGAUUUAAGUGAAUCUAAUUCACAAGUGGAGGCAGAUAUGAUCAAACUUAGAACACAGAUUACCACAAUGGAGUCUAAUCUGAAGUCAGUAGAGGAAGAAAACAAGAAACCGCUUGCAUACAAAGAGGCUCCCAUUAGAAAUAACAGCUGCUUACAGAUGCAUCAGAUAGAGCCGAUCAGCGAUCAGAACUUUGAUGCUUACGUGACCACGCUAACAGACAUGUACACCAACCAGGAGCAGUACCAGAGCCCUGAGAACAAAGCCCUGCUGGAAAACAUCAAACAAGCGGUGCAAGGAAUCCAAGUGUAGCCCAGCCCGCUAGCCCAGCAAACGCCAGAGCUUCUUCUCAAAGAGGAGUGAAGGAAAACAACAUCCACAGGAAAGAACUAGAAGUGACAUGAUAGGAUGACGCCUCAUGGUUUGCUGCUGUAACUUAUCAUACAGUGUUAAAUACAGAUUUUUGAUCUUCAAAAAAAAAAAGAAAUGUUAUGCUUAGAAAACUUCAUAAUAAUUUUUCUUUUUUUGUCUUGCUUUGAUGAAAAAAAAAAGUAAGUGGCAGAAUAGUUUUUGAAGACAUUCACAUUUUGUACGUUUUCAUACUGUAUGAGCUGAAAUAGUGUGAUGUAAUGUUUCUAGCUGCUCGUGUAUGCACAUUUUUUGUGUAUAUUUCUGGACAGUAAAGCUGAUUAACAUAGGACUUUAGUUAUUUUUAAUGCUUGAUGAUGAAGAUUUUAGAUGAAAAAGCUGCUCUGGACAGUGAAAACAAAACAAAAAUCAAGAGGGAACUGCAAGGAGGUAGCUACUUUCCAAUGAUCUUUUCCUCAAUGGAUGAUUUUGGAAUUCUAAAGAUUUUUUUUCUUCUUCUUGUGGGCAGAUUGUUGAAUAGCAAGACUUGGUUGCAAAGUACUUUUUUUGAAACCUUUUUUCAAGGUUGGUAGCUGUAGGUGGGGGCAUUUUUAAUAGGUGUUGGAAAUGAGUAUGGAAAGAAACUGACUUGAUGUUUGUAUGAAUGUUAUAGUUUUAUUGUAAACAUCAUGACACGGAAACCCAAUGGUGGAAAUCCCAUUGUCUUGAAAAGGACUAUUCACUCUUGAUCUUUUGUGUUGGUAGAUACCCAUUGUCAUUCAAUCAGCAACAAUGUGAUGUAUAACGGAAAUAGAGUAUCAAGGCAUCAUUCUAGCAUUUAGUAUUAGUUCUGGUUCAAAUGUCAAAACUUAUGUUGCUAGAAUCGGGCAAUGUCUCAGCAAUGUAUCUCUAAAUCAUGUGUUUAUAAUAGAUAUGGGAUGCAAAAACAAUUGGGGGGGGUAUAUGCAAUUACCUGUUUAUAAACAUAGG